AUGGCGUUUCUGUGUCCAGCUAGGAUCAAGAAGGAAUGGAAGAAGCGAGUUCAAGCCAGCUCCCGUCCACGAGACAAGCCCGCCGCUCCAGGUCGCAUCACCGGCAGCGCCAGCAUGGAUACCUUAGUCCGAGUCGCCUUGGAGAAGAAUAACGGAGGCCGAAAGAUGAUCAUGAUGGUUCUGCACGACUUCACCCCCUGUACCGACGACGAGUUAGGCGUGAAGAGAGGAGAGCGAGUACGUGUACUUUACCGAGAACUCGAGUGGGCCUACGCUAUCAGAGACGAUGGAGUUGAAGGAUUCCUGCCCUGGUCCUACCUUGCUUCUCCUGCCAAGCUUAGCAGGCGAACGCCGAUGCCAAGAGACGAAUCAGCAUUUGCCGAUAUGACGAACGAGAUGUCUGGCCUCACGCUCGCCUCCACUAAAGCUGUCCAGUUUUCAACGGGCCACCACUCUACGAAUGCCUCCAGCUUCGCCUUCUCCCAGAGUACGAGAGUCUACAACAGUACGUCCCAGUCCGACACCACAGCCAGCACUGAUCACAUCCGCCACAAACCCGCCGCAGACAACAUUGCACGCCUUGGAGGAUACGUUGCUAGCACCCCGAAACGACACGCCCACAUACGUCCAGCCAGUCCACGAGACGAUGGUACCAGUAGCGGUGUUUACACUGACGACAGCGACAGCCCACGAACCCAGUCCACCUCAUCUAAUCGCAAUCCCAGUACAAGACAAGUUCAUCCGAAACGAAUUACGCCUGUCACCAUGGCCAGCGACACUGAUUCCGGAUGCGAGCAGACGACGGAAGAUCCAAAGCAGACGAAAACGAAAGACGCAAAGACCGCCACCAAGACACCGUCACACGAAACGCAGCUGUCUACGAGUAUCGAAACGUUUGAGAAACAACCACUCGGCAACUACAUCGUGAUGUUCCCGUUCGAAGCAAACCAAGAGAACGAUCUGUCCGUCUGUCCGGGUGAAUACUUGACCGCACUCAACAAAGACGAUCCUGAUUGGUACUGGGUGAAGACACGUGACGGUGAUGAGGGAUUCGUACCAAGCGCCUACCUCUGCGACGUCAAGGGACCCGCCCUACCGCAAGACUUGGACAGCUAUAAUGCUGAUGAAUCUGCCAUGACUGAAGACUGCCUCCCUGACGCUCCGGUCUUCACCUCGACGCCGGCUCGUCCCACCAUGAACAGACGACCGAUGCCGAAGAAGAUGUUGAUCCUUUUCGACUACGAGGCCAGGCAGACCGACGACAUCAGCGUGACGCAGGGCCAGUACGUUUACGCCGACAUGGACAACCAACGUUUCUUGGACUGGAUCUGGGUCUACUCUCCAGUGUCACAGAAGGAAGGUUUCAUCCCGAGAGAUUUCGCCAAGCCACCGCAGUGA